ACGCACGCGCACGCAACCGCUCGCACCAGCUCGGCGCGCGCGCGCGCUCGAAGGGCGGGCCUCGGCGGCCGCUGGAGGCGCCGCAGACGUGGUUCUCCGUCCGCGUCCAACUUUCUGUCACAUACGGACUUUGCGCGUAACAGCGGAACCUCCGGGGUCCAGAGAUCGGACUCAUCUUCUCCGGGUGCGGAUUUGCUCACUUACGUGGCGGAACCGAGGUUUUGACAAUGAGGACACCUGGCGCUUGGAAAAGUUGAAGUGUAGGAUACACAGCGUUAUCUCCCAGCAACCACACCAGUAACAACAGCCUCUGGACCGAGGUCACACACACCCGGGCUGAAGCGCGCGCUCAUCCAAGCGUCUCUUGUCACUCAGAGAAGCCUGGAGCCAUGCGCAGAGUUUGCGCCUGGAUCGUCAGGGCCCAUGUGCUGCUGCUGCUGUGGUCAGACCUGCUGACUUGCCAACACACAACAGACCACAGGAAGGUUCCUCGGAGGGCAGAGGAGUUCAGGGCAGCGCACGAGGAGGUGCGGGGCUCCUGGGGGGCCUGGGGGGCCUGGUCGGACUGCUCCCGGACCUGUGGCGGAGGGGUGCAGGAGCAGAGCAGGCCCUGUCUGCCGGCGCACGCGCCGCCCCAGCGCCGGCGGCCGGGUCACGUCAUCUCAGCCCUGCGGCCGACGCCUCCCCUGCACCGGCCCGCCAACAGCAGCCGCGGCGGAGUCCAGAGGGAGGCCCGGCCCGGUGCACCAAGGAGAGUUACUCACAUCCUCCCCGGGCGGUACGGCUACGGGAAAGGCCCGUACGUGGUUCCGCUGCAGACGGACACGGGGCGAGGCUCCGGGAUCGCUCACAGCCACAGACAGAGGCGCUCUGCCGCCGCUGACGGCCGCCGUCCCUCCGCCAGAGGCCACAGCGUCCACGGCCUGAACAAGAAGAACAACCACCACCACCACCUCCGCAGCGGCGCCUCCGUGCAGGCCAGGCCACGGCAGCCCAACACCAACCACCUCUGGGCACCUCUGUACCAGCCCGCUGCAGCCGAGCAGGCUGAGGUCCAGCGGUCCGGCAGCCAGCAGCACCAGGAGAGACCGUACAGCCCGUUACCCGCUUCCUUCUGCACAGGGGAGCGCGCACACUAUCGGAUCUGCAACAGUAACGCCUGUCCUUCAUCCAGCAGACACAUCAGGGCUGUUCAGUGUUCCUCAUACAACAACCAACCUUUCAUGGGCAGACUGUAUGAAUGGGAACCUUUCAAUGAAGUUCCUGGAGCCCAGCACUGUGAACUCAACUGCCGGGCCGUGGGGUUCAGGUUCUACGUACGGCUGUCAGAGAAGGUGAUAGAUGGAACGCCAUGUGGAUCGAAUGAUUCCUCUGUCUGUGUGGCAGGAAUGUGCCUGAGUCCAGGCUGCGAUGAGUAUCUGGGCUCAAGCGAGGCAAUGGACCAGUGCGGCGUGUGUGGGGGAGACAACUCCACCUGCAGACUGGUCUCCGGAGUCUUCACGCACAGUCUGUCCAAGGUGGGCUAUCACAAGAUAGUGGAGAUCCCGGAAGGAGCCACCAUGAUCAACGUGACAGAGAUGGUCAAGAGUCAGAGCUACCUAGCUCUCCGGAGCCGAUCCGGACGAUCCAUCAUUAAUGGAAACUGGGCUAUUGACCGACCAGGGAAGUACGAGGGGGGGGGCACCAUGUUCACCUACCGUCGCCCCAACGAAAUUAGAAGCACAGCUGGGGAGUCCUUACUCGCCGACGGGCCGACUAAUGAGAUCCUGGAUGUUUAUAUGAUCUUCCAGCAGACAAACCCUGGUGUUCAUUACGAAUACAUUCUCCCGACGGGGAAACCGGUUGGGCCUCAGCAACCAAACCACAGACCAGAGGAGAACACUGUGAAUGGCGAGGAUGGAUACGAGCAUCACGGCAACACCCACCAGGAAACGUUCAACACCCCAGGUGGGGGGAGGUUCUCUCCCCCUGUCCCUGAAAACCAGGUGCCCAUCGCACAGCCUCCCAGGCGUGAGAGAGACUACAACUGGAAACUGGCUGGCGCCACAGAUUGCAGUGCCUCGUGUGGUAAAGGAUUCAGGUUCUCCGUCUUUCACUGCGUCCACCGUCUGAGCCGCGUCCAGGUGUCGGAGGCUCUGUGCGACGGCGGCAGCCGGCCGAGUCCCGUGGAAGAGGCCUGCAACCUGCAGCCGUGCCCCACAUUCUGGGACAUCGGAGAGUGGUCAGAGUGCAGCAAGACGUGCGGGCUGGGCCUGCAGCAUCGGCAGGUCCUGUGUCGCCAGGUUUACGCCAACCGCACCCUCAACGUCCACGUGAGCCGCUGCCGACACCUGGAGCGGCCCGAGACGGCCGGCACGUGCCAGCUGAAGAUCUGCAGCGAGUGGCAGAUCCGCUCCGAGUGGACGGCCUGCUCGGUGCCAUGCGGGCUGGGUCAGAGGUCGCGGGAGGUGCGCUGUGUCAGCAACGUGGGCGACUUUGUUCCCGACGAGGAGUGCAACAUGAACCUGCGACCCGUGGACGUGGAGAACUGCGACAUGGGAGCCUGCGCCAAGAGCUGGUUCUACACCGAGUGGGGCAACAGAUGUUCUGCUGAGUGCGGCAUGGGCGUCCGGACCCGCGGCGUCCUCUGCCUGGUCAGCCACGUCAGCAGCCUGCCCCUGGAGGGCUGCGGCAGCGAGCGGCCCGCCGACUCCCUGGUCUGCAACAAUGGCCCCUGCGACAAGCGCCUGGAGUGGUUCACGGGGCCCUGGAGCCAGUGCUCCGCAGAGUGCGGCGCCGGCAGCCAGCAGAGGCCCGUGGUGUGUCUGAUGAGGUCGGACGAGGGCUUCGCCGUGGUGCCGCCGUACGAGUGCUCGUCCCUGGAGCGGCCCCUCGGCCAGCAGAGCUGCAGGCUCAAGGCCUGUGGGGCCAAGUGGUACCACACGGACUGGAGCGCUUGCUCGAAGACGUGUGAGGGCGGCUUCCGUGUGCGCGAGGUGCGCUGCCUGUCCGACGACAUGCUCCCCAGCGAGGCCUGCGACGAGCGGACGAGACCGGCGGAGAAGGAGCCCUGUCGCCCCGAGCCCUGCGCGCCCCACGUCGAUGAGAGCUGCAGAGACAAGUACUUCAACUGCAACGUGGUGGUCCAGGCCCGUCUCUGCGUCUACGACUACUACAAGACCAGCUGCUGCGCCUCGUGCUCGCGGGCCGCCCACAGACACCCGACCCGCCGCGGCCGCAGCUAGCGCCCCGACACCACCACCAGCACCAGCACGCCACCAGCUGUCCAGACCCGGCACGCUGGCCCCGUGGACCCUGGGAAAAUAACGGAGGACAGAACGCUUCUCUGGAGUCAUUCAUAGACAGCAGAUGGGAGCGAGGCCCAGCUAAGACCAGCGGAGCUCAGGAGCCCAGUGACUGGACAGACGCUUCCCUGGUGUGGAGAGACCCAAGACAUUUCAUGGAAUAUAACCACCAUGAACUUUAAUACUUCAUCCUGAGGGGGAGCAGUUUCCAGCUGUAGAAGUCAAUCACCCCAGAACAGAAGAGCACCCGUUCACUGUACAUAUUCUCCUACUGUGGUGCUCGUGUGGCGUGAUGGAGACGGUGCCGCCUCACCUGUCAUGAACUAUAGUAUUUACCACUUUGUUGACCAAAGACACAGUAAAUAACCCCAUUAAUUACCCACUGUGACAGAUUAACAAGCACCAGCUCCUUUAUUUGUAGUUUAAAAUCGUCCAAACGAUGUUUUGACUGAUUUUCAAAACCACCUGAUUUUCUUUACCUGCAAUAGUGUGUAAAUGAAAUGUGUAUAUACAGUAUGUACGUAUGAGUGAAUGAAACAGAUCUUAAAUAGUUUGUCACACACUCCUUUCAUGAACUGAUAAAAAAAAAUCCCUCUUUAUUUAUUUGUGCCCCCCCCUCCUCACCCCCACCUCACCUCCCUCUCCACCAAUCACAGCCUGAACCUUUUGUGGCAGGUUGUGGAGGCAGAUGGUCUGAUGACCCAAUGUGUUUGGGUGCUUUUAAAGUGAGAAAAUUAAUAACUCAAAUCACGACAGUAUCUCACAAGUAUUGAUAUACUGUAAAUACUUUACAGUAUGAAAAUCACAGCAAUAGUAAAUGUUGUUUAAUGCUACAUAUGUGUUAUUGGUUUUAUCGGUUCCAUUCAAGCUCUAUAAACAUACCUCAGAUCUGUGAGUACUGUACAAUGUGCAUUGAGUUGAAUGACUCACGUAUACAAGCAAGGACUUCAUGAUUCUUGCUUUUUCUUAAGCUAUCGAGAAAAGUGGGACAAAAAUACGAGAACGUCCGCUAUUUACUUUACUUUUGGACUCACAGCUGCAACUGUUUAUGUUAUUUUAGAUUCUUAGUGUUCAGCAACUGAUUUUCGGUACACGUUUGUGAUGUUUUCUGGUAGUAAAGAAAAGUACUGACUGUACGCAUUCCAGCGGCUUUGUCAUCUAUUCAGAGGACAAUGGCGAUAAUGCAGUGAAUGCAGUAAAUAAGCAGACAGGAGGUUUCACUGCUGGCACGCGGGUUAACUGGCCUGACUCAGUGUGUGGCCUGGUGAUGGACUGAUGACCCGUCGACUGUGUGCAGCUGGGAUAGGCUCCAAACCCCCUGCUGUUAGGAAGAUGGAUGGAUGUGUGUAACCUUAGACUGUGUUCAGAGUUCAGAUGCUCUGUACUGUCCUCAUGCUGAACUACUUUUUUUGUAUUCUAUUCUCACUUCUGCAUUGAGUUUCCCUCUGUUAUGGACGACAUAAACCACAGGAUGCCCCAGCAGCGCUGCUCUAGAUGACAGUUAUUCCCACUAUUGUUAAAGAGUGAAAGAACGUUUUUAAAUGCAGCUUCCAUCCAUCCUUUGUCAUUUUGCUACAAAACAUGCUGUGGAUAUCGCCCCUUUAUGAUAAUGAUGUGCAUAUUCACUAAGCGCCCUCUUUGAGGAGGAAAAUACCAGGUAGCCACAAGCAAUUAAUCCCCAGUAAAUCCUCAUUAUACUUGGCCUUUAGUACUCAAAGGCCAGAGCAUGAUUAGCAACAAUGUCCCAAAAGUCUUGGUAAUGACGUUGUAGGCUGGCAACCGAAAGCCUCGUAAUCCACAGACACAUGAGCUCAAGGUCUGAUGCAACGCUUCAUUAGUGCAGCAGCGGCAACAGAACAAGCUUGACUGAUCAAAAAGGGAAACAAACAAUAAAAAAUAAACUUUUAUUAUAAUCAAAGUCAUUUAAUUUGUCUAUGAUAUAUCUAGAAUCUUUAGAAUAUAAAAGUCUUAACAUUUAGUUCACUAUCUGAUACUGUAACUAAAUCAGGCCGUUGCCCAAGAGUGUAAUUCCUAAUAUUAACCACGUGAUGGCGCCAAUGUAAACAUUACAAAUCUGAUACACGCAGCUCUAUAGAUGGCUCACAUGAGGCCAGCCUUUCAUAUCAUGAUCAUAUAUAGUUCAGGGACAACAAUAACACAACCGGGCAUCAAGCUGAAGCAAAUCUGGUUCAGAAAUGUGUUUUCAAAGUUCGAUUGUUCAUCACUGAUCAACCUGUAGAGCUCCAGUAUCAACUUUAUUAACUGCUCACUGACUGGUUUCUUCUUCCACAUGGUUGGACCUGCCAUGGCUCCCGUUGACUUUCCAUCGUUUUUCAGGUUAUUCAAAUUACAGACAUGGCUCAAAUGUCCAUCAUCUGCUUCUGUUAAAAAAAUAAAUAUUGUUCUUUUUUGUGGCACCGCUGCCGUCUGAAUGCUAAACACCUGCAAAAAGGCUUCUUCAUCUGACUACAUGGCAGGUGGCAAACUACUGCUGAGACUAUUAUAAUUUAAAUUACUGUUUUCUAAAAUUAUACAGUUAAGCUGCUAUUGCUUCAAUGAAGAAUUGGCUGUUUGUUGAAGUGAUAAUUUGCACCUCAACCUGUGAAUAAUUAGCAAAUCUAACACCUCAGGCAGGUGUGGAGAUGUGAAAACAUCAGAAUGAGUCACGGGGUGGAUUCAGUAUAAAUAUAGGCAUAGAAAUGUAAAGAGUAAAAUGUAAAGAGUGAUUUUUCAAAACGUGACCUUGUGAAAACGAAUCACUUACAUUAGAAAAUAAACAAAAAAGCUGUACAGCCAUGUCCACCUGUAAACUGUACUGUAGGUUUAGAAACACAACUACAAGAAGCAAACCAACACAAAGCUGAAGCCAGUUGAUGCAAAUUAAGCUGUUUAUUUAAUGUCACUUUACAAAGUUGAGUAAAAAAGUCAGGAGGCACAGAAAUCACUACAUUUGGUGUAUUAAGGUAGAGACUGUCCCUUAAAGUGAUUUAAAAAUGACCACAAAGCUCCAGCUAUUAUAAAAUCUGUAUCAACACAGUCAAGUCAUUUGCUUCUUUCAUGUCUCGUGUCAGCUCUGUUUAAUUAUUCUUGAUUAUAUGUGGUUCCGCAGGCCAUGAAGGUGACGGAUGUAGAGAAAAGUCAUUUCACUUGAUCAAUGCGUAUGUUUUUAAUCUGUGCUAAAUGAUGAUGUUGAUUUUUUUUUUUU